AUGUGGUUCGAAUCGAACACUCUCGCACUGUACGUGCUGUUCCGGGUGUUCUGUUGUGUCGUUGGUGGAUUUGAUGAUCAAGCCAAAAUACUCGCUACCAAUGGGCAUAUUAUCAUCGAGUCGGCACAGGACAGAAAUAUUACCUUCUACAUGAAGGGUAGCGGCCAUCUAAACAUCGGUGGGCUCAGUGUGGAGCAAGUGUUACGGACGUUAUCGAAAAUGAUGAUCGAUGGUCGAUCGUCCACCGACAGUCAAGCCUUUCUACCCGGUGGUAGCGUAGCGGAACAGGUUCAACUCCUGGCCACAUACGUCAGCGGUCCGUUCGGGUUGAUAAAGCGUGUGGAAUCACUCGAACAGGAAUCAUCCACGCGCAACACAACGCAGAUGAACCCGCGCAUCGGUGCCCUGGCAAGGCGCGUGAAGAACGUCGAAACCAAGCUGGCCACACUGAUGACCACGCUACAAACCAACCGGUGCACCAGCGGACCGUGCCAGAACGGUGGAACCUGUAUCGCGCAGUACGAUUCGUUCGUGUGUCUCUGUCCGAGCAACUGGGAAGGCCAAACCUGCACCACCGACGUGAACGAAUGUGCCCUGUUUGCCGGCACAGAUCUGGGCUGCCAGAAUGGGGCUACGUGUAAGAACGUUCACGGUGGGUACAACUGCAUGUGCGCGGACGGAUGGCGAGGCAUACACUGCAACACGCGCUCGCAGGACUGUGCCACGGCCGGUGCCGAUCUCUGCGGACAUGGGACGUGCGUGCAGGCGAAGGACGGCUACCGGUGCAUCUGCGAUCAGGGCUGGAAGACGAACGGGUUGACACCGGCCUGCUCGCAGGACGUGGAUGAGUGCAGUGAAUCGAAACCGCACUGUUCGAAGGACCCGGAAGUAAGCUGCAUCAACCUGCCAGGAUCGUUCGUGUGUGGCCCCUGUCCGGCAGGGUACACCGGCAAUGGAUUCUACUGCGUCGACAUUGAUGAGUGUGAGACGAACAAUGGUGGUUGCAGCACCUCUCCGUCAGUGCCCUGCAUCAACACUCGAGGAUCCUAUCGAUGUGGUAAUUGUCCGGCUGGAUAUACUGGAGAUGGUCGGACGUGUCUGGCGCAGGGCAACCGAUGCACCCAGGGGCUUUGUCAUCCGAUGGCGCGCUGUGUGGAUUAUGGCAGUGCGGUGCCGAACUGCAUCUGUCUACCGGGAUAUACUGGGUCCGGGUUUGGACCGAACGGAUGUUAUCGUUCAUCGAUGAACCCGUGUGCCAGCGCACCUUGCAGGAAUGGGGGAACCUGCGUGAAGAUCGAUGCCCAAAACUAUAGCUGCACCUGUCCGCCAGAUACCAAUCCACCCAACUGCCUGCGUACGACCUCACCCUGCGAGAUAAAUCCCUGCCAGAAUGGUGGCACAUGCAUGUCUUCGGGGGGCAGUUUUGGAAGAAUUGCGUGCCGCUGUCCGCCCGGCUAUACGGGACUCCGUUGCCAAACGCAAGUACGUGCGUGUGGUGGCAUCCGGUACCAGCUGAACGGCACGCUGCGCUAUCCGGAGUUCAACGGUACCUACAACCAUAACGCUCGCUGCGCCUGGUUGAUCAAAACUAACGACACGCAGGUGCUGGACAUUACCUUCACGCAGUUUAGUCUGGAAAAUCCGGUCAGCUCAGGCGAGUGCAAGUACGAUUGGUUGCAGAUACAUGAUGGUCGUACAUCGGCCGCCCAGAUCAUUGGACGGUUCUGUGGAAACGAGCUGCCCCGUGGAGGAAAUUUCCAAUCCACGCACAACAUGCUCUAUCUCUGGUUCCGUUCCGACAACUCCACCGCUCACGAUGGCUUCGAGCUGCAGUGGAAAAGUGUCGAUCCCGUGUGCGGUGGUACGCUUACGAUCGUCAGCCAUGGUAUUAUAACGUCUCCGGGCACACCCGGUAACUAUCCGCCGAACCGGGACUGCAAAUGGUACCUGCAGGCACCGCAGGGCCGUCGCAUCCAGUUCACCUUCUUCACGAUGAAGAUCGAGGUGCACGAAAACUGUAACUACGACUUCGUGCAGAUCACCGACGGUCCGUCGGACGAUGCGAUGGUGCUAGCAAAGUACUGCAAUACAACACAUCCGCCACCGUUGAUCACGCCCAGCAACGAGGCGACGGUGUACUUCCACAGCGACGAAAGUGGCAACGAUGCCGGUUUCCAAAUCGGCUACGCCGUCGUCGAAGGUGUGCCGGGAUGCGGUGGAACGUACACGCAGCGCGAAGGCGUGAUCAGCUCGCCGCUAUCGCAGACGGACAACGUAUAUCCGAACAAUCUGAACUGUGAGUACCUGAUCAAGCUGCCGGUCGGAAGUCGGGUUAAUAUCAAGUUUAGCAAGUUCCACCUGGAGCAAAGUGAGGCCUGCAAGUUCGACUCGCUGGAGAUCUUUGACGGCAGCAGUACGGAGGACGCAUCGCUCGGUAAGUUCUGUGGUGACCGGAUACCACCGACUUUCACCUCGACCGGGAACUCACUGUUGCUCAAGUUCCACACCGACUGGUCCGCGCCGAAUCCCGGCUUCACUCUAGUGUACAAGAUCAAAUGCGGCGGUACGUUUACCGAUCCGGAAACGGAACUGGUGUCACCUUCGUACCCACAGAUGUACCUAGCGGACCAGCUGUGCGACUACGUCAUACAGGGACCGCUUGGCAAAGCGAUCAAGUUCGACUUCCAGGACUUUGACAUCGAGAAGAACAGCUUCCCGAAGUGUGAACUCGACUAUGUCGAGCUGUACGAUGGCCUGCUGCCAACCAACGACACACUGCUCGGGCGGUACUGCAGCACGAAAACGCCACCGACGACGAUCGCCACGAAAAACGUUAUGUUGCUGCGCUUCGUCUCCGACGGUUCCGUGGCGGGACGCGGCUUCAAGGGUAACUUUUCAUUCUACGACGUCAGCUGCGGCGGUGUGUUGAUGCGCGAGGACACCAUCAUCCGCUCGCCGAUGAUUGCGGAGAGUGGCAAGUACCAGCAUGAUGCGCAGUGCGAAUGGAUCAUCGUGGCACCGGCGGGCCACGCGAUACAGCUGACGUGGAACAGCUUCGAGCUGGAGGUGAGCGGACGGUGCGUGUACGACUACGUGCAGGUGUUUGACAAUUCGACGUACGGGAACAGCCUCGUCGGGCGUUACUGUGGGUCGGAAAAACCGCCCGCGAUCACCAGCACGGGCAACAUACUGACGAUCCAGUUUGUGACGGAUUCUUCCUCGUCGAAGGAUGGCUUUAGUUUGGCCUUUACCUUUAUUGACGUGGAGAAAUCUUGCGGUGGAAACUUCUUUGCCGCGAGCGGCACCAUUCGCUCGCCUGGCUGGCCCAAAAACUAUCUCUCCAACAAGGCCUGCGAGUGGGUCAUCACGGUACCGGCGGGGCAGCAAAUCAUGCUGCUGGUAUACACGUUCAAGAUGGAGAAACACCGAUCGUGCCGUUUCGAUGGGCUCACCAUACGCAACGGUGGCACCCAAAAUUCGCCCCUCAUCGGGAACUACUGCGGGGAUGACAACUUUAAUGGCACGAUCUCGUUCACCAACCAGCUGUUUUUGCGCUUCUACUCGGACAGCUCGCGCAACUACGCGGGCUUCAACAUUGAGUGGGAUUCGGCCGCGACCGGAUGCGGCGGUGUCCUUACCUCUGCCCGUGGGUCCAUCAUCUCGCCAAACUAUCCCCUGCCGUACGGGCAGAAUGCGCUCUGCGUGUGGCGUAUCUCGGUGAGCGAAGGUUCGGCCAUACACAUUGUGUUUACCGAUAUGGACAUGGAGAACCACAAGGACUGCAUGUACGAUUAUCUGGACAUUUACGACGGGUCGGAUAUGGGCGGUCGCAAGCUGGGUCGGUUCUGCAGUGCGGAAACGGACCCGAUCGUGCUGGACACCGACACGAACCACGCGUUCAUACGCAUGCGCACGGACGAAACUAACCAGCGCCGGGGAUUCCAGCUAAAGUACAACAUACUGUGCCGCCGGAACAUCACCGGUUAUGGGGGGGUGAUCGAGUCGCCGAACUUCCCGCACGAGUAUGCCGGCUCGAUGGACUGCCGGUGGACGAUCAGGGUGCCGCUGGGCAACAAGAUUAAUCUGGAAUUUUCACACUUUGAUGUCGAGUCGAUGACGCAGCAAACCGCGACCAACGCAACGCAUCAGCGCUGUCCGUUUGAUUACGUCGAGAUCCACCAGCUGGGAUCGGAUAUGCCACGGCGGUACUGUGCGGAUAAACCGGCACCGUUCGUCAGCAAGGGGCGCUCGAUCGAUUUGCUCUUCCACACCGAUGCGAGCACCGAGCAGAUGGGAUUCCGGGCGGAAUGGUCCAUCAAUGGGUGCGGUGGGCUGUUGCGCAAAGAUUACGGAACGUUCACAUCGCCCAACUAUCCCAGCCUGUACCCGAAGGACACGGAAUGCCACUGGACGAUUAAGGUGGAGCCGGGCAAACGAAUCGAUCUGACGGUGGAAGAUUUUCAUAUGGAAGUUAACGAUCAGUGUCGUUACGAUGGGUUGUUCAUUGCGAACGAUGCCAACUUUACGCACCAGGUGGCUGCGCUCUGUCACCAGCAGGAGGACCCGGUACAUCUCGCCAGCAACGGCAAUGAGCUGUACGUGCGGUUCGUCAGUGAUCACAGCUUCGCAAAUAAAGGUUUCAGGGCGAGCUACCGUGCUAUCGAGUCCCCAUGUGGCGGAAAGAUUACGCUCCAUCAAGGGUUCAUCAGUUCCCCCAACUAUCCGUCCAACUACCCAGCGAACAUGUCCUGCUCAUGGGUGAUCGAGACGGAUGUGUCCCACACGCUGCAGCUGCAUAUCAAAUCGUUCGCCGUGGAGCGAUCGCCCAACUGCACGAGUGACUCGCUGCAGGUGUACGAUGGCACUACGGGCGAUGACGACCGCUUGCUGCUAACGGCGUGCGGCAGUGAACUGAACGUUACCACCGUGUCAUCGUCCGGGCGCGAGAUGCUGGUCAAAUUCCAAUCAAACAGUAUUUACGAGGCAAAAGGAUUCCAGGCCGAGUUUAAGACGAACUGUGGAUCGCGUAUCGUGGUCAAACAACCCGGCAACAUUCAGCUCAACAAAGCCCACAAGAUGUCUUCCGAGAACUGUACCUGGGUGUUGGUAGCACCGGAACCGACACAGCGCAUCACCUUGACCAUUGCCCACCUGAGCGUGGAGGACGCGGAGGGUGACUGCUUCGCCAGUGUGAUGAUAUACGAUGGCGACAGCACAGAUGGACCGACACGUUUCGAGGGCUGUGGACAUAAAAUCCCACCGGCGAUCGUAAGCCGCGGCAAUGCGCUUACCGUAUUGAUCACCUCGGAGGAUGUGCUGCUGAACAAGAUCGACAAUCUGUACGUGGAGUUCACGUACACCACUUUGGACAAUGCGUGUGGAGGAAGCUUGACGGCGUUGAUGGGCGAGUUUAGCACGCCGAACUAUCCCGAUACGUACCCGCUGAACGUCGAGUGCGUGUGGAAGCUGUCCGCUUCACCGGGCAACAAGAUGACGCUGUCCUUCAAGGAGCUGGACAUUGAACCAACGGACGACUGCAACGGUGACUAUCUGGAGGUGAGGGAGCGUGAUGCAAAUGGUCCGUUGUUGGGCGAUUUCUGCGGCAACCAAAUACCAACCAAUCUUACCGAAGCGAGCAGCUUUUGGAUCAAGUUCCGUUCGAAUGGGGCGGGCGUGUCGAAAGGAUUCCUGGCGGAGUAUGCUUACGACGUACUAAGCGAGAUCACUGGCACGAGCGGGACGAUAACAUCGCCAAUGUACCCACGAAGCUACGGUAGGUCGGAUAACAUUGGAUGGCGCAUUACCGUCGACAUAGGGUCGGUGAUAGCAAUCAACUUCAAUCGAUUUGCCAUCGACCGGCACACGGACGAACCGGAGAUGUGCGAUGGUGCGCUGGCGAUAUUCGAUGGGUACGAUGAGACCGCCGCCCCAUUGCUGAGUGGCUGUGGCUACAUUAAACCGGCCCCGGUAACCUCUACCUCGAACGUCGUUUAUAUCGUGCUCGAUCACUCCGACAUCAUGGAAUCGUCUCUGUUUUCACUCAACUGGCAGCGAAAGACGGUCGCCGACACUCCCACGUACACGGUUGAUAACGAAAGCUUCUGCAAUGGUCAUGCCACGAUCGUGCUGAACAGUACCGAUGCCACGUUCAAUCUCACCUCGCCGGGCUAUCCGACCGGGUACACGAGCGGGCUGAACUGUAGCUGGAUCUUCCAGUCGGCAUUGCCCGCCUACCAUCCGUAUUUGAGCUUCAGCUUCAUAGAUCUGGAGGAAACGAGCGAUUGUUUGGCGGAUUAUGUGGAGGUGUUUAGCUCGCCCGAUCUGCUCUCUUGGAAGUCCUUCGGACGUGUCUGUACGUAUGCCAUCAGGGGAACAUACAAGUUUCACGGUACGCCCCACCUGAAGGUGGAGUUCCGGACGGAUUACUACCAGAACCGUACCGGGUUCACCGGCACAGCGUUGCUAAGCUGCGGUGGCUUACUUACCGACCCGAACGGUGUCAUUACACAGCCGGAUGCGAUGCCCUCGGUUGAGCCGGGUACGCCGCACGCCCGGCUCGCAUCGUUCGAGUCUUGCAGCUGGAACAUCAGCGUCCGACCGGGACGGACAAUCGAGUUUGCGUUCGAAAUGCUUAACAUCACCACAGAGACCACAGCCACACCGCUCGGUCGCAACGGGUUCGUUGCCGUCUUGAACGGUAUCGACGAACAUUCGCCACUGCUCGGACGGUACAGUGGUGUCGAGCUGCCGGACAAAAUUCGAACAGGCAGCAACCGUGGGUUCGUGCAGUAUCGACCGAGCAUCCGCGGGCCCAACCUUUUCCGGCUGGUGUACCGGGAGGUAAGCGACGAAUGCGGCGGUAACAUCGUGCUGAGCGCACGGCUCAACACAACCGACAUCACGACACCGCACUACCCGGAAGUGCCGCUGCCCCACAGCGAAUGUUACUGGACGGUGCUGGCACCGGCGGGCGAACUGAUCUGGGUGGAGUUUAUCGGUCUGGUGAUGCUUCCCCGCUACCCGCAUUGCGAAAAGGAGUACGUCCAGUUACGCGAAGGACUUACGUCGAACGCGCCGGAACUGCUGCAUACCUGCAAGGGCGAUACGUCCAAGCGCACCAUGGCCAGCACAAAUGCGAUCGCGGUGAAGUACUUUAACGAUGUGAACGAUCCGAACGGCGGUGUCAAAGUGCGCGUGUCGCUGGCUAAAUGUGGAGGCAUCGUGCGGGGCACUCGUGGUUCAAUCACGUCCAAUAAUUAUCCCAAGCUCGGCGGAUACCCGGUGCCGGCGGUUUGCGAGUACUACAUCCAGCAGGGUAUGUACGGUACCGUGAUUCUUACGUUCGAAGACAUUAACCUGCCGGCCAAAGCAAACUGCAGCGGGGGCGAUCAUGUGCGCAUCGUCUCACUGCUACCGGGAAACAACAGGACCGAACUCGAGCUCGGGAAGUUCUGCGGCACACAAAUACCCACGCAACCGAUCGUGAGCGUUUUGCCGUACGUGAAGGUGGUCUUUACUGCGACCAGCCCGAACCCGACUUACAGUGGGUUUAAGCUGAACUACGCCUUCAACUACACACGCUGCAGUCACACGGUCGUGGGAAAUGCGGGUGAACUCACCAGCCCGGGUUACGGCGAAGCGCUUCAGACGUACUCGUUCUGCGAGUGGCGCAUCACAGUGCCGGAGGGGCGACGUGUUAAAGUAGAGUUUAUCGAUCUGGACAUACACGAGGAUCCCGCCCAGCCAUGGUUGCAACGGCUGACGUUUUACGACGGAUUUAACUACCAAGCACGCAUCAAGCUGAUUACAUCGAUCGACAAAGCCAGUACGUUAUAUUCCAGCGAUAAUCGCAUGAUGCUGCAGUACCUUUCGAGAAAGUCCAGCGGAAGCCGUGGGUUCCGCUUGCGGUACUCCAGCGACGAACCGACGAUAUGUGAUGGGAAUCUCGAUGGAUGGCAGGGUAGUAUCACGAGCCCAGCCAAUGUCAGCACGAUCGUCUGCUCCUACAAGCGCACACAGCCCAGUCUGUCGCGGGACCCAAGCUCCGAACCGAACGUCGGUACGCUUGCGAUGAACUUCCGCGAGGUGUACAGCGGGCCGGUCGAUCGGUUGUGUGUGAGCAUAGUGCGGACGGCUACAGUAGCGGGGGGACCGAACACUAUUCAAAAACUCUGCACAAACGCGACAAACGUGAUGGUGCUGUCGCCGUUCCCCGAUACCACGAUUAACAUUGUACAGUCGCCAUUCUUUUCGAAACUUGGGUUCAAGAUGGAUUACCGGGUGCAGCAGUGUGGCGGUGUGUACGGUAGCAUCAGCAACAUAAGCCGCCCGUUGGGGCUCGAUCUGCUUGACCACGACGGGUUGCAUUGUGCGUGGUACGUGACCUACCCGGACCAAACGCUGAUCAACAUCGCGUUCGAACGGUUCCAGAUGCAGCAGCCCUGCGAACAGGAGUAUCUCCUCGUUUAUAACGGCCCCAGCCCGAUGAGUCCGCUGAUUGGGCGGUACUGCAAGGAUACACCACCGCUAGCGGAACCCAUCACCACCCAGAAGCAUCUACUGUUCGUCGAAUACCAUACUGCACGGCCGAACGCCACCGACAGUGUGGGUGACUUUAACCUGCUGCUCAGCAGCAAGAACUUCGGUUGUGGCGGCACACUGCACGCAGGUACGCCGACAUUCGGGUCACCGCUGAAGGACGGUAAGUACCGACCGAAUCAGGAGUGCGUCUGGUUGCUGCAAGCGUACGCUGGCCAACAUAUCGGGGCGCGCUUCAUCAACCGAUUCAACCUGGAGAAGAGCACCAACUGCACGAAGGACUACGUGGAGCUGUUCGACCAGCGGCGCAAUCGGGAAUGGGUUAGUUUGGGCCGAGUCUGUGGUAAGGAUGUACCGCCGAACUUCAACUCGUCCGGCACUGUGAUGAAGGUUGUCUUCCGCACGGAUGAGACCGGUGAAGCGGAUGGGUUCACCAUCAAAUGGGAGUCGAAUUGUGGUGGAAUAUUCUACGCUGAGCCGGAAACCAACGUCAUCGUCAGUCCGAACUAUCCGGCCAAGUAUAACAACAUGCAGGUGUGCAACUACACCAUCCUGGCGAACUCUACCGAUGCUGGCGUGGUGAUUAACUUCCUAGACUUCGAGCUCGAGGAUACGCUCGUGUCGUCCGUGUGCGCGUACGACAACCUAACCGUUUACCGGAAGCUCCAGUUCGCCGAACCGAUUACCUGGGAAAAGGUUGGCACGUACUGUCGUAACGUACCACCAGCGCGGUUCCGCGUGAAAGACCGUGCCGCGAUCGUGUUCCGCACGGAUCGGUUCAUACAAGCGCGAGGCUUCCGGUUCGAGUACAGUCUGGAUACGUGCGGGUCCAACAUCACGAGCUCGAUGCGCAUCCAAAGCCCCGAGCAGCUUCCCCAAGAUGCUACGUACGGGCCCGCUCUGACCUGCCGCUGGUACAUCAGCAUACCGCAGGGACAGAAGGUGACGGUACGGUUCGAAACGCUCGAAAUCGAACACACCGAAUCGUGCUAUUUCGACACGGUGGAGGUAUACCGAGGACUGGAAGCGAACCAUGACAACCGGUUGGCUUUGCUGUGCGGCAACCUAACGAAACACGCACCGGCCAUCUCAAUCAGCGACUCCCGCCACGGGAUGAUAUCCUUCAAGACGGAAUCGUUCUCGUCCAUCCGGGGCAAAAUGUCCGCCUUGAUACUGUACACCCCGGACUGUGACAAACACAUCACACUCGACGAGCGUUCGCCGAGCUAUCGGCUCAAUGUCAUCGGCAGUGGGAACAAUCACGUCCAGGACUGCCAGUACGUCAUUCAAGCACCCAACGGAUACACGUUACGGGUGGUGUUUGAUCAAUUCCACGUCGGCUCUUCACGGAACGCGUCGGUGGCAAACUGUACGGAUGAUUACGUCGAGUUGCGCGACGGUGGUAGCGUGUUUUCCCAGCUGAUGGGACGUUUCUGCGGCAAUGAUCGGGUUAACCCGCAAACUAGUUUCAGCUCGACGUUACACUUCCGGUAUGUGACGGAUUCCGCCCUGCGGGGUACGCUGUUCGAUGCGACCAUCACGAUGAUUCCGUCGCUGUGUGGACAGAUGCAUCACAAUCUUACGGGCGGUGCGAUUGUUACGCUGAAUACACCCAACUUCGGUGGAAGCAACAAGUAUCCACCGAACAGCAAAUGUUUGUGGCUGUUGGAAGCAUCCGCUGGGAAGACGGUUGAGAUACAGUUCUUACAGAUGGAUCUCCAGCAGUACGAUGAGACUAACCGCGAGUGUAAGGACUACGUUGGCAUCCGGGAUGCUUCGCUAAAAGCGGUCAUUUAUGAAGGUCUUGGCAAUUCCCUCAUCUUCAACGGCGGAGGCGCUAGCAAGGCGAGCUUCUAUCAUGGCUCUCGGUACGCAACCGCUUACCAUAUCUACUGCGGCAACAACUACGUUCCCAGCACCUACGUAUCUAUCGUCAACCGGGUGUAUGUCAGCUUCGAAAGUGAUGGCUCGAUCGAGGGUAAGGGUGUAUCGUUGCGUGUUCACGAAAGCAACUUGUGUGCCAAAAACUACACUGAAUUGCAAGGUCGUAUCGUGCAGAACGAAAUGCUCAAAGAUCAACGGUGUACGGUCACGGUGCAAGUACCAAGGAACUACACGAUCGCCCUCUACUUCAACACGUUCUAUCUGUACAACGUGGAUUGUGCCGUCCAUGCACUCAAACUGUACAGCGGACCAGAGGAGAGCGCCGAACAGUUGUUGGGAGAGUACUGCAACUUCGCCACGCCGAAUCCUAUCUUCACGCCCGGCAACUUCCUGCGCAUCGUAUUCCCUGCGACCGAUCGGGACUUUAUAUCGCUACAGCUAGACGCCACGUACGUGGCUACCGACCGAGGUCAAGGUUGUGGCGGUGAGCUUUACAACUACGGCGGUGUAUUUAGCAGCCCGCUCUAUCCAGCUAACAAUCGGACGCGCAUGAUGUGCCUGUGGACGGUGACCGUGCCAAACAAUUUGGUCGUGGCGUUACAAUUUACUGUGUUCGAUCUUGGUAGCAAAUCAUCCUGCGCCACCGAUUACCUGGAGAUACUCGACCGGAACGAACAACCGAAUGCAGAUGAAGCAAGCACAGAGAAGGACAAGGUUGUACGGCAGCAUUGCGGUGGAGAUAAGCCGGCAAACUAUAUUAGCACCGGCAGCACCGUUCGGGUACGUUACAGGAAAACGCAAAACUUUGCCGGUGUCGGUUGGAUGAUAAAGUUCAUGGGUGUCGAAAAGGGUGUCACGGUUAACGAAUAUUAA